UCGACCCCCUGCGAUCCCCACUAAUAUGCAAUGGUUUUUUAUGCAGAAGCAGACAGCUGCCGCGUACAGCCGACUUCACGCUAGCGCCGCCGCAUGCCUGACCGUCGCCGCCGCUCCUCUCCCCGCGCCGCGCGGCAGACGACGCCAUCUGAAGAGGAGCGCUCUGGGGCUUUUCGCGCCGCGGCGGUCGCGCGGCAGCAGCAGCAGCAGCAGCAGCAGYAGCAGUAGCAGUAGCAACCCUUCCUCCGCAGCUGAGGACCACCGGCCGCUGGGGCAGCAGGGGACGGGGAUCGAGGAGACAUCCGCCGCAGCGGUUGCGCUUUUCCAGCCGCACGGGGGCGACGUCGACGCGGAAUACGUGCGGCUGGUGGUCUCCGAGCUUGCGKGGAAAGCGGGCGAGAAUCCGGGCGAAGAGCUGGGCUUCCUGCUCUUACUUUUGUCUAUGGUGCAGAUCGGGGGCGCGCCGCACCGCCGAACUGAGCCCGACAGCUGGCCGGUUCUGCUGGCAUGCAAACAGGGGGGAGUAUCAGCCCCCAUGCGGUGGGUGAAUUUUAGGCUGCCGCAUCCGGAGCGCCUCUCCUCUUCCUUCUCUUUUUCUUCUUCCUCCUCCUCUUCCUCCUCCCCCGUCUCGGCCAAAUCCAUGCGGUUUAUUUGGAACAACAUUUUCAGCAAAGGAUCGCAUAUGCUGCAGUGUCUUUGUGGCAAGAGCCUCAAGAAACCCAAGAACCCAACUGAACCGCAGCUGAAGGGCAUAGUGACCAGGUUGUUCUGCAGGCAAGGCUUCUAUCUCCAGAUGGGCCAGGAUGGAAGUCUGGACGGGACCAAAGAUGACAGCACCAACUCCUCUCUGUUCAACCUAAUUCCUGUGGGUCUGAGAGUCGUGGCCAUCCAAUCAGUCAAGACGGGUCUCUACAUCGCCAUGAACGGAGAGGGUCACCUUUACUCCUCGGCCUCCCCGUAGACGCACACCCGCUGACCCCUCCCUCUCGGCGCUGGUUGGUUGCCACAGCUACAGUGUCGCCUCUCUUCCUCAUGUUGCUAUGAGACUCGGACCGACAGACCUGAGCUGAAUGACAAUGCAUCUGUGGAUCUGGCAAGAGGCCUACAGGAACCAAUAAGAGACGGCGCAGAGACGAACACUUCCCAGUCUGGGACCGCGGGAGUGAUUGUUUGGGUUGGCAGGAGCCGUCUCGUCGUGUUAGUUCUUUUGUCGCAGCAUUAAAUAAUUACUACAAAUUCUAAAUCAAAUCAAAGUGUUGCUUAAGAUAUUUUGACAAAACAAACCAAAAACCUUAAUGUCAAUAAAUUUGCCAGGGUUAAAUGAAGUUUAGCAUAGAGAUCAGUGUGAUUGAGUUUCAUCCUGAAAUACAUAAUUAAGCAAUGUAACCAAAUUAAACACUUGUAAAAGUUAGCUCCUGUAACUCCUUCAAUCGUCAAAGUGUUUCAUAUGUGUUUUCGCCAUACAAUUUCCACCUUUMUUUAGUUUGUAUGGCUCAGUCUGUAACUCGUACCUAUUCUUUUCUUUCUUUCCUUUGUUUUUUGUUUCUGAAAAGGUUUAGUUUGCUCACUAUUUUGAGAAAAUUAAGCUGAUAUUGUUGYGAUUACUAUGUAUUUUGCUACUUCGACCAAAAAAGCUUGUUUUACUCAUAACUAGAAAUUUGAAAGUAUUUGCAGAAGUAUGAAGAAGUAAGCGAUAUCCCAAAACAGAGAUGCAAAAGAAGGACAUGCAUUACAAAAAUAAUUUUGGUACCAAAAUUACUUUUUUUACCUUUCUUCUGCUGAUCUAGAAAUUAAAAAAAUAGGCAACAGUAUAUUUUUGAUACGGACUACGUUGAGAAACAAACUCGUGCUGAUCUGCAUUCUGAAAAUCUGAGAUCCAGAUACUCACAGCUGCUUCAUCUCUGACCUUCUCAAAGGAAGACGAUGCUAUCUCAGACAGCCUGCUCGGGGCUGCAGGGACAGUCGGUAGCACUGGCAGACAGGAUUUUUUCCCCUAGUUAGAAUAACACCAUGUCCCAGCACUGAAACACGCUCCACGGAAGAGAGUUUUGACACCUAGCAGCCGAACAGAUGUGGGUGGGUAGG